CUCAUAAUUUUGACUCCUGUUAGAGGAGAUAUUUUUGCUGGUCGUCCGACCAGACGGAACAUCAAUGGCGGUCUUCGUCUUCAUCGAAUCAUUCUGAAGUCGUUUCCUCUCAGUUCUCCACAGAAAUUAUUCUACCUGCUACUGUUUCCACAAUGCUAAAAGAAGUGGUUGGUGCCGGCCGCCAAUCCCAUUGCACUUUUUCUCCGUCUCCGAUUUUCAUCUUCAAAUACCUAUGGAUCUCCUUGUUGAUCGUCUUCUCCCUCAAAUUUAGCCUCGUCGACGCAGCUAAUUCGUUCCCGAACAUUCUCAUGCCUUCUCAAUUUGUUCUCGAUUCGUCUCCUUCGUGUACGAAAAUGGAUCUGAAGUUGAAUUACCAUCCGGUGAUCGGAAUUCUUAGCCAUCCCGGCGAUGGUGCGUCUGGUAGAUUAAGCAAUGCGACGAAUGCUUCCUACGUCGCUGCCUCGUAUGUGAAGUUCGUCGAAUCGGCCGGAGCGAGAGUUAUUCCGAUUAUCUAUACCGAGCCGCUUGAGGUUAUUUUCGAGAAACUCGAUUUGGUCAAUGGAGUGCUCUUCACUGGCGGCUGGGCUAAAAAGGGUUUAUACUAUUCCGUUGUUGAGAAGAUUUUUAAGAAAAUUUUGGAGAGGAAUGAUGCUGGGGAACGUUUCCCUUUAUAUGCCGUUUGCUUGGGUUUUGAAAUCUUAAGUAUGAUCAUCAGCAAGGAUAGGAACAUUCUUGAGCCAUUUAACUCAUCAUAUAUGGCAUCAACUCUGGAAUUUGUGGACAAUGUGAAUAUUCAAGGAACGGUCUUCCAAAGAUUUCCGCCUUAUUUACUCGAGAAGUUGAGUACAGAUUGUAUAGUAAUGCAAAACCAUCGUUUUGGUAUCUCACCAGGGAGGUUUGAACAAAAUAAAGAACUAUCCAGUUUUUUUCAGAUAUUGACAACUAGUAAUGAUAUAGACAAUAAGGUCUAUGUUUCCACGGUUCAAGCUUGGGAUUAUCCCGUGACUGCAUUUCAGUGGCAUCCUGAGAAAAACACCUUUGAGUGGGGCUACUCCAUGAUUCCGCACACGGAGUAUGCAGUUGAAGUGACGCAGCAUGUUGCCAACCACUUGGUCAGGGAAGCCAGAAAAUCAUCGAACAGACCACCUGCACAGAAGGUUCUUGAAAGUAUCAUCUACAACUAUAGCCCAACUUUUGGUGGCAAAGCUGGGAAGGGAUUCGAUGAAGUUUACAUCUUCACAUAGUAAACAUCCAGCUACUUGAUGUAGUUUAAUAAAAAUCUCGAAUGUCAGUUUGUACGACUAAUCUUACGAGACAAUCGUAUGAUCCUACUAUCUUUAAAAACACGGUAGAAUAGAAUAUCAAAUAGUAGAUAUGUAACCACCAUGAAUGGUACUCAUAUGCUUGUUGAAUAUCAUUCACUUAAUCUAAAUUUUUGUAUCUUUAUAUAUGUAUA